AUCCGCAACAUCCCUGGUUUAGAUGGCCGUACGAUAUGUGGUCGUCGAGCUCGAGUCGAGAUCAACGGCAGCCGUGGAUUCGGAGGCCGGGGGCCGCCGCCCGGAUCCCGCCUGCCGCCUCGCCCCUACGACCGCUGCUAUGACUGCGGAGACCGCGGACACUACGCUUGCGACUGCACACGCCGCCGUCGCCGCAGCCGCUCUCGGUCCCGCCGCCGCAACCGGUCCCGCUCGCCGCGCUCGGGCCCGCCAAACCGCCCCCGCCCCCGCUCGCGCUCGCGCUCCAAGGGGCGCUCCAUGUCGCGCUUGAGGUCUAGGUCACCAUCCAAAGAAUCCAAGAAGUCCAACUAAAAACCUUUUGACCACCUGACUAGCUUUACUAUUACCACUACGAUUUCUUUUGUGUGUUAAGUGAUACAGUUUUUGGAUUCUUUGCUGAGGAAGACAUUCCUUAUUUAUGUAAGGUAUUAAUUUUGGGAUCAAUAAAGUGACUUGCGAA